UAUUUUUCCAGUUUGUCAAUAAAGUUUCGCCAUUUUGAAGCAUCAUGGCGGCAUACAUGUUUCCCACAGCUUUACGACACUCGGUGACAUUUGUACCGUCAAGUUAUGUUCUCACUCUAAGAGAUACCUGCCAGUUUAAAGGAUACGUUAGCUGGCGGAAGCACUGUUCAAAUGUGACUUCUUGUAAAACUGUGGCGCAAUACGACAGCCUGGUUCAGAGUGGAUCUUUGAGGGAAAAUGCUCUUCAGCGGCAUGUUCUCCAGCGCCUGGCUCAACUGCAGAAGUCACUGCAAAACUACAAUAACAGCCACUUCCUGAACCCACCUCCUCCCACAAUACACCCCAACUGUUAUGGACUCCAAAAUAUGACACAGCCCCGCAUUACUGGACCAUCGGUUUUCAAGACAAGUGAGGAAGAAAACGCCUGUCCGCCCCCGCCAAAAGGCUUCUAUAUCUAUGGAGAAGUUGGCACAGGGAAGACCAUGCUCAUGGACAUGUUUUACUCGUGUGUGCACAGCAAUCGGAAAAAGAGAGUCCACUUCAACGGCUUCAUGUUGGACAUCCACAAAAGGAUCCAUCGACAGAAACAAAGCCUGCCGAAACGAAAGCUGGGCAACAUGUUCACCUAUGACCCCAUAUCGCCGGUCGCCAUGGAGAUCUCCCACGAAACCUUCCUCUUGUGUUUUGACGAGUUUCAGGUGACGGACAUUGCUGAUGCUGUGAUCCUGCGGCAGCUUUUUGAAACGUUGUUCCAAACCGGAGUGGUGGUGGUGGCGACCUCCAACAGACCCCCUCACGAUCUGUACAAAAACGGACUUCAGAGGGACACCUUUCUACCUUUCAUCGACGUGCUGAAGGAGAACUGCCACAUCGUCUGCCUCGACUCCGGGGUUGACUACAGGAGGCUGCAGCAGGCUACAGGAGGGAAACUCUACUUCCUGACUGGAGAGCCUGAUGCAGACGCUGUCUUGGACGCAAUGUUUGAAGAGCUGGCGUUUGCACAAAAGAGCAUUACAGGUCCCCAGGUACUCACUGUUCUGGGCAGAGAAGUCACCCUGGAAAAGACUUGUGGCUCCAUAGCAGACUGUACUUUCCAUGAGCUGUGUGGUAGGGAGGCAGCGGGACGUCUAACUCUUUUUACAGCCGAGGAGGAGAUCUUUGCCUUCCGGAGGACUGUUUCUAGGCUAACGGAGAUGCAAACGGAGACGUACUGGAUGAAGGGAGAUCGCAGCAUUAGGGAGAGACAUCUCCAUACAUAAUUGCCAGCGGUGACUACCUGAUAAGUGCACUCGAUAUCAACAAACAUUCGUCUCUGCCAGAGCAAAGAGGCUUAUCCCAUUAUUGAACCAGAUGACGUGAAAGAAAGAGUGGAGUCCAAGUGCAGCGUUGCUACCCUCUAGUGGAGAAAUUGGGAAAAGCCCUCAAGGUGUACACUAUGACUACUGUAUAUAGAGAGGUACCGCAGGCAAUAAACUAUUUAUUUUACAGUGGAUUAAUCUUUAUUGGUCUCUUCGUAUUUGUAGACCAUUAUACAGAUGAAUAAAUUGUUAAUACUGUCUGCAAACAUACAAUUUAUGUCCUAAAAAACUGUAAAUUAUAAAUUCCUACCUACUAUCUAAAGUCAGCUGGGAUAGACUCCAGCCUAACCUAAUGAAGACGAGGUACAAAAAUGGAUUAAUGAAAUAAACCCCUGGUCCAGAAAUUGGUAUAUUGUAUCUUCUGGUGUUUGGCAAAAUCAAUUUUUAUUCCUGUAGGUGGCAGCAGAGAGCAACCAAUGUCAUGAAAAGACUAUAGCUUGUCCCAAGCAUGAGGUCAUCCUUCUGCACCACACCAUUCUGGGCCAGCCUGCCUUGGCAAACAAUUCUACUGCUUCUGGACAUGUUCUCCGGGGGUUCUUCAUAGAAGGUGAUCUUAAUGGUCUCCCGUGAACGCGCAUGCCUGCACAGGUGGACGUGAACCGUGCACGGCGUGGAGACAAAGAAGCUUGUUUUGAUCCACGCAGCGUCAAGCCGCAUGGAUUUGAGAGCGGAGUCAAGAAGAGCCAUUUCUCUCUCUUUCCUUCCUUAUUACUGGCCACUCAGUGCGAUGACGUCAUCCUGAGCCAGGUGGAAGGCGCUAGAAAGGAGGGGCGAGAAGAGAAAGGGGGUGGAGCCACAGCGUGCUGCCAAAGUGAUUGACAAGCAGGUUAAAGGUACAUGCUGGGUGAUUCAAUGACGCCAUUUGAUUUUUAAAGAAUGUUUAUAUUAUAGACAUUAUCUAGAACCCUUUUAUUCAUGACAUAAGCCAUACAUUUCCUAUAUUUGAAGUGUUUUCGGACAUAAGAGCAUAAUUUAUUGUGAAUAUUUUCGCCAACUAUGCUAAUCUAUAAAUGGUAUCUUGAACUCUAUUAUGUGAAUAUGAAUUAAUUAAAUUGGGUCCAUGCACCUUUUCUAUUGUCAUACCCCAGCACAAAAUACAUUUUAUACUCUUACAGUAGUGUUAUUACAUUUAAACUGUAUAUAUAGGA